AUGUACACCGACUUCUCUGGUUAUGAACACCUAGUAGAAAAAGAAUUGAAUAACUAUCCCAUCACACUUGCCGAAUGUAGAGAAAUGAUUAAUAGUAAGAAAUGUGGGUACGGAACACUAUCUAAGGGGAAAUCUAAUACCUGGAGUACAAAUAAUAAAAUUGAAGUAGACUAUCCUAACAGAUUUACAAGUUUCUUCUCACCUAAAAGAUAUUACAAGGAAAAUUGUAUAGUUAUUGAGACAAAAGUUUAUUCACAUUUCAAUCAAACUAAGCCAACCAAUAUUCUAGCUGAUAUGAACAAUUGUAAAUAUCAAGACGGUUUCUGUGAGAUCAAGAAAAAUGAGAUUAUCACAUGGGAUGUUAACAGAGAUCAGAAAUGCCAAUACAUCUCGAUUGGAAUACUAGAUGGAAUGUACAACAACAACCUAUGGGUUAAUAACAAAAACCAGAUUGCAUUGAACUUCCAAACAAACAAAACUGUGAAAGACUGUAAUUUAGACUUGGUGAUUAGUGAUGAAGGCUUCGCUGUAAGAAGAAUACAAAGAUCACAAUUUUCUCCAAGACAAAUUCCCGUUCCAAUUCCAACAUAUCCUCAAAGACAACAGCAGGAGGAUGACAGAAGAAGGCGUGAGCAAGAAGAUGCUAGAAAACGUGAACAAGAAGAUCAAAGAAAACGUGAAGAAGAUAUCAGAAACCGGGAAGAACUAUUAAGACGUGAACAAGAAGACGCUAGAAGAAAACAGAAUGAAGCAGAUUUCGAAAAGAGAAAACAAGAAAAACUGAAGAGAGAGGAAGAAUAUGAGAAAAAGAAGCAAGAGAAAAUUAAGAAAACUCAUGAGCUCCCAAAACAGCGCAAAGAAGAAGAUUGGACAGUUUAUGAUGGGGCUCCAAAAGGUGGAGACAAAAAGGCAAACAGAACCAAAAGAGAAAUCUUCCAACCAUUACCAUUACCAGAUUACAACGAAUAUCUAAAAAUCAAACAAGAUUGCGACAACCUACCAAGCUAUGAAGCUUUUAAAAAUAGCAGAGAAGGAUGUGAUUCGUUAACAACUUAUACAGAUUUUAUAAACAAAAUUGCAAACUUUGAGAAAGAACAACACUUUAAUUCAUUAACAGAUAAAACGUGGCAGCCUCUACCAUUCCCUGGAUACGAAGAAUAUUUGAAUAUUAAGGAAGAUUGUGCCAUUCUACCAACUUAUGAUGAAUACAAGACCAUCAGAGAAAGCUGUGAUGCAUUCCCAAUUUAUACAGAGUUUAUCAAACGGAUAGCCAAUUAUGAACUGUUUCAAACAGGAAAGCAAAGAAGGAGAAGAGAGCUAUACUCAGAUUUUCAAGCAGCGGGAGAAUUCCAAUAUCUUGAAAAUCAAUCCAACAAUCUACUACGCCAUACAACCGAAGUAAUGUGUGAUAUUUUCAACGAACAGAAUGAAGUACUUGAAAGUCUUAUAAGAGAAAAUCCAAGGAGAUACAUCCAAAAACAAUUGAAUCAUUCAGCCGUCAAAGUAAGAUUUAUCGAUACUGCGGAAGUUGUACAAGUUACAUUUUGUAAAGAAAUUGAUGAAGAUGAGAUAGAUUUCAUAGACGUUACUCAUUUCGAUGGAUACAAGUUAAGUAUUGCUCUCACACUUGGACAAAUCCCAAUCAAGAUAAAAAGUCUUGGAGAUAAAAUUUGGUACUAUAAGAAUGAUAAUUUUGGAGGAGUGAUAUCAAGCAAACCGCGGCUUCAUCCUAUGAUUGAUUAUAGAAGUAACAUUACUAAUAUGAAAGAUUUCAAAGAGUAUGAUUUAAAGUUCUUAGACGAUAAAGUAGUAUUUCAUGAGCACAUUUUGUUAGACAUGAAGGCGAAUAUUGAAGAAGAGCUCAUAGAAGAAAUGCGAGAAAAAUCGGAUUCCUCUAUUGAAGCACAUGCAAGUAAUCAAGACUCUACUUUACCUCACGAAAUAUUAGAUGAUGUUGAAGGAUUCUUUGGAAAAUGGUGGCUUAGAAUUUGGAGAGUUGGUGUAACACUUGGAGUUGCUGUGGACAAAAAUUCAAGUUAUGCUAUUGUUUCCCCAAUAGUAAAAGAAAAAGUAGAGUUAGUUCAUAAGCCUGCCACCGCUCAACCUACUACUAAUAAAACUGAAAUUAAAGUUUCAAAAGAGAAUAGCAAGUUUCUGAAAGCACUCAAAAGUGGAUCAGGUUUUAAAAGAAUUAAUCAAUAA